AUGGCGGAGGGAGAGCGGGCGGAGAACGGCAACGGGGGCGGAGGCGGAGGGAGCGCCGAGCGGCCGCCGCAGGAAGGGGAGCCGGGGGCGCUGGAGCGAGCCGAAGCCCUCAAGACGCAGGCGAACGAUUACUUCAAAGCGAAGGACUAUGAGAAUGCAGUCAAGUAUUACUCCCAGGCCAUUGAACUCAACCCCACCAAUGCCAUCUAUUACGCUAACCGCAGCUUGGCCUACCUGCGGACGGAGUGCUAUGGCUACGCCCUGGCCGAUGCCACCAAGUCCAUCGACUUGGACAAAAAGUACAUCAAGGGCUACUACCGCCGAGCGACCAGCAACAUGGCCCUGGGGAAGUUCAAGGCGGCGUUGCGGGAUUACGAGACGGUGGUCAAGGUGAAGCCGAACGAUAAGGACGCCAAGAUGAAGUAUCAGGAGUGCCACAAGAUUGUGAAGCAGAAAGCCUUCGAGCGCGCCAUCGCCAGCGACGAGCACAAGCGUUCCGUGGUCGAUUCCCUGGACAUCGAGAAUAUGACCAUUGAGGACGAGUACAGUGGCCCGAAGCUGGAGAACGGGAAGGUGACCUUGGAAUUCAUGAAGGAACUGAUGCAGUGGUACAAGGAUCAGAAGAAGCUGCACCGGAAAUGUGCAUAUCAGAUUUUAGUACAGGUAAAAGAGGUGCUAUCAAAACUCCCCACCCUUGUAGAAACCACGUUAAAAGAGACGGAGAAGAUUACCGUCUGCGGAGACACCCACGGGCAAUACUAUGACCUCCUGAAUAUAUUCGAGCUGAACGGGCUGCCCUCGGAAUAUAAUCCAUACCUAUUCAACGGGGAUUUUGUCGACCGCGGUUCCUUCUCGGUGGAGGUGAUACUAACCCUCUUUGGUUUCAAGCUGCUCUAUCCAGAUCAUUUCCACUUGCUCCGAGGGAACCACGAAACGGACAACAUGAACCAGAUCUACGGCUUCGAAGGCGAAGUCAAAGCCAAGUACACGGCCCAGAUGUUUGAGCUCUUCAGCGAAGUCUUUGAAUGGCUGCCCCUGGUGCACUGCAUCAACGGGAAGGUGUUGAUAAUGCACGGUGGGCUCUUCAGCGAAGAUGGUAUCAUGUUAGACGACAUCCGGAAGAUUGAGAGGAAUCGUCAACCUCCAGACUCAGGUCCCAUGUGUGACUUGUUGUGGUCAGAUCCUCAACCCCAGAACGGCCGGUCGGUCAGCAAGCGGGGCGUCAGCUGCCAGUUCGGCCCGGACGUCACGAAGAGCUUCCUGGAAAGCAACCACCUCGACUACAUCAUCCGAAGCCACGAGGUGAAGGCCGAGGGCUACGAGGUGGCCCACGAGGGGAAGUGCGUCACGGUCUUCUCGGCCCCCAACUACUGUGACCAGAUGGGCAAUAAGGGGGCCUACAUCCAUUUGCAAGGCUCAGACCUGCGGCCGGAGUUCCACCAGUUCACAGCAGUGCCUCAUCCGAACAUUAAGCCAAUGGUUUACGCCAACUCGCUGCUGCAGCUGGGGAUGCUAUAA